AUGGGCUUUAAAAGUUUUUUCAAUUAUAAGGAGGGUGAAAAGGAAAACAAAACGGAUAGCUCAAAUAAUGAAAAGGGUGAAGAAACUGGAAAUAACAAUAUUAGCGAUCAAACUAGCAAAGAUGAAGCGAACCCAAAUAAAAUAGACGAUAAAGAUGGUGAAAAUAGCAAAAGUGAAAAUAGCAAAAGUGAAGAUGGCAAAAAUGAAGAUGACAAAAAUAAAGAUGACAAAAAUGAAGAUGGCAAAAAUGAAGAUGACAAAAGUGAAGAUGGCAAAGUUUGUGAACCGAAUGAGAAAGGCGAGGAAUUAAAAGAGGGUAAUAGCAAGGAAAACCCCAAAAAACGAAAAAAAAAUAGUGAAACUAUCAAAGAGGAUGACAAUGUUGAAAAGGAUAAUAACGAAAAUGGUUCUAAAAAAAAAGCUAAAUGUAAUAUAUCUAUCGAGGAAGAUUUGAAAGAAAGUGAGAAUAAGAAGGAUGGUUCUGAAAAGGGGGAGCCAGUUUGUAAUAGUAAAAGUGAAAGAAGUGAAAAAGGUGAAAAAAGCGAAAAAAGUGAUGAAAACGAAAAAGGCGAAAAAAACGAAACAGUAAGUAACACAACGCCAGCAGUCGAAAAUACCAAUAAUACCAAUAACAAUAACAAUAGCAAUAGCAAUAAUAACAACAUAAAUUUAGAGAGUUACCGAAAUUACCAAUAUUAUUAUAAUCAGUUUUACGGAAAUCUAAACAAUAUACAAGCAAUGAGUAACGAUAUAGGAAGUGGAUAUAGUAACAAUGUUUCAAAAGAAAAUUUUCAAAAUAAAAAAAAUAAUUCAAAUAAUAAUAUAAAUGGAUAUCCUGAAUUUAACAGCUUUAAUAAUAUAUAUAUGCCAAUAGGUAUGAACAAUUAUUAUAAUAUGUACAAUUAUAAUUAUAUAAAUGGUUAUGCAAAUAUUGGAAAUAUUGGAAAUAUUGGUGGAAUAAAUAAUCAAAAUUAUAAUUAUUAUUGUGAUGGAAAUGUUGAAAAUAGUGGAUUAUAUGACUACAAUAAAGAUUUAAUAAAUAGUGGUGGAGCUAAUGAUAUGAAAAAUUAUGCUUUUUUUUCUCUUAUAAAUAAAAGUUUAGAGCUAAUGAAAACAAGCGAUAAAGUAAAAGCAAUAUUAAAAAAUCCAGCAAGAUUGCAAAUAACACAGGAAGAAUUGAAUAAAGUAGAAUAUACACAAGAAAAUCAAAAUAAUACUAUAUGGUUUGGUAAAUAUGUAACUGAUAAAAAUAAUAAUAAUAAUCCCAAAUUUGUAGCUAAAUAUAAAUGUAACCCAUCUAAAGAUUCUGGAUAUACUAAGGCCGAUAAAUCAUAUGCAAACAAACCAUAUUUUUGUAUUUAUUUUGCUCGAGGAUGUUGUGCAUAUGGUCAUAAUUGCUUAUAUAGACAUAGAAUACCAACAGAAAAUGAUGAACUUGAAUUUGAAAAUACUAUGGAUAUAUUUGGUAGAGAAAAAUAUAAUACUUUUAAAGAAGAUAUGAAUGGAAAUGGAAAUUUUAACAAUGAUUGUCGGACUUUAUUUAUUGGAAGUAUAUAUAUUAAUAAUUUGAAUGAAGUAAAUAUUAUUGAAAAAGUUUUAUAUGAUGAAUUUGUUAUUUAUGGAAAUAUAGAUUAUGUAAGAUUUAUUCCAAACAAAAAUAUAGCUUUUAUACAAUUUACUAAUAGAGUGAAUGCAGAAUUUGCUAGAGUUGCUAUGUCUGACCAACCACUUGCUAAUUAUUCGAUUUCUUUAACAAUUAAAUGGGCAUUUGAUAUGAAAACACAGCCAGCUAUAAAUUCUACAAAUUUUUAUAAUGGGAUGAACAAUGCAAAUCCUUAUUUUUAUAAUUCAAAUAAAGCUAUAACAUCUACUUGGCCACAAAAUCCAUAUGGGGCAUCACAAAACCCAUAUGGGACAUCACAAAAUUCAUAUGGGGCAUUAACAAACCCAAAUUAUUAUGACCAGUCAAAUUAUUUAUCUAACCCUAUUAUAGGCCCCGCUAAUUUUCCUCCAAAUUUUACAACAAACAAAGGGAAGGUAGUUACUGGAUCUGCACCCAUCGUCCCUAAUCCAUUGGCUGUGCCUACUAGCAAUAAUAGCGAUGCUCAAAGUGGGAAGAAAAAAAAGGUGUAA